AUGAAUUACGACUCUUCAUUAGCUAAAGAAUCUCACAUAACGAAGACCACCCAGACUAUAGAAGCAGUUAUUCCUAAUGUAUCCUCCAAGCCAAGAAUCCUGAAUGUAGACCAGAUGCUUGAAGAAGCAGGAGGAUUUGGCAAUUGGAGUUUGGUUGUAUUUCUUUAUGGAUCAAUAUCCUCUCUAGGCCUCACAAUAUACUUCGCUAGUCUUCCAUUUUUAGAGCUAGUUCCUCGUCUUGAAUGCAAGCAAGGAAGCCAGUGGAUUGAAUGCACAAAACAGGAUAUUUGUCAUAAUGGAGAGCUGGCAGAUGAGAGCCUUUGGAGAGUGGAUUAUACAGACCAAUUCUCCUUUAGAAACUGGAUGACAGAGCUUCAGCUGUAUUGUUAUUCAGAUUUUUGGAUAGGGUUAUUUGGAUCUCUCUGAAUUCUAGGUGUUGCUUUAAAUGGAGUAAUUCUAAAACAAGCUGAUCAUUUUGGAAGAAGAAAAAUGCUGAUAUUUACCUGCAUAGCUCAAACAAUGUCAUGCUUAGUACUGUUUUACACAACGAGCAUAUAUGUAAUCUAUGUAGUCUUAUUUUCAGAAGGACUUCUCUUCUCAAAGAACUAUCUUGUUUAUAUUUAUUGUGUUGAAGUGAUUUGAUCGAAGCAUCAAGUAUUUUAUGGAGCUAUUGUCUUAGCAAUGGAAGCAACUAUUCCGAAAGUAUUGAACGUAGCAUAUUUAUAUUUCUGAAAUCCAGAAACAAGAGAUCUUUGUAAUUUCUGAAUUUAUGGAGCAGUGACAGCUCUAAUCGCAUUAUGUUUCUCAUUAGUUAUUCCUGAGUCUCCGAGAUAUCUGUAUGAGAAGAAAAUGUGGAAAGAGCUUAGAGAGGCAAUCUCUUUUAUUGCUAGCUUUAAUAAGGUUGAAAUGGACGAGGCUUAUUUAAUUGAUGAACAAGAGAAAGAUAACUCUGAUUCUCAGAGAUUGUUGUUAGCAACCCAUGAAAAGUCUAAUAUUCAAGAUCAAGCUCUUUAACACUGACAUUCAUAGGUAGAAGUUAAAAACAUUGUAGAGGAAGAAUACU